AAAUCAAAUAAUCAAUCAACAACUUCAUUAAUUUCACGUUUAUGUAGUGCAGAGCCAUUUAUUGGAAAAAAUUCACCAAACAGCGAACGUUUUUCAAUUCGAAAAAAGUUGUCAGAAACACUAUUUUCCCUUAAAAGGCCCCCUACCCACACACUCUCCUCGAGUUUAAUUGAAUUGGCGCCUUCUUCUUCAAUUUUACAGAAUGCCACAAAUUCAAUUUUAGACAAAUUUUCAGCCAAAAAAUUGCUUCAAAAUAAAUGCUCAAGUAAUGAAUCGCUUAAUAAGUGGUUUUAUUUAAAUGUUACAACCCCAACAACAACAACAAAUUAAUUCAAAAUCAUCUACUAAUUUAAAAACUCACUUUCAAAUUAGCAAAAUAAAAAGUGGCAGAACUGUUGAAAGAAAUUUAUUAUUUUGGAUCAGACCGCGAAAAUCAAAGAAAAGAAUUAUAGAUAUUCCCUCUUCAUUUUUGCUUAAUUUCCAACCACCAACAAACUCAUCCAGUGUUGUUGACACUUCCUCUUUAAAUUUAAAAUCUUCACCUCCUUCUACAAAACAAAAACAAUUUCCAAAUUCAGAAGCUUCUUUUAUCCAACAAACACAAAAUAAUAUUGAAUGUCAAUGCAACAGUUUAAAUAAAACAGAGCAACGAGUAGAUUUGGCCAAAGUUAAAAAUAAUUAUUUCUCUUCAUUUGCUGACCAAUCCUCUUCUAUCAACAAUCAUUCAACAAUUAAUAUUUCCUCUCCUUGUUCCUCAUCUUUUGUAGCAAAUAUCAGCAAUAGUAGAGGUGGUGGUUGUUCUCAUUUGGUUGGAGACAAUUUAUUAGUUAAUAAAGUCAAACUGCCUUCCUCGGGUACAAUAGCUAUUGCCGAGGGGGCUGUCAGCAUUGGACAUGAGCCUUCUUCGGCAAAUGUUCAAUUACCAGCAACUUCUUCCUCUACAGCCUCUUCUGCCUCUUCCUCGUCCACACAAGGUUUAAAAGUCAGUUUGGGAACUAAAGGACAUCGACCAGAUGAUGCAACUAGAAUUUUUACCUCAAAACUCACCCCUUUUGAAAGUACAGAAAUUUACAAUUAUCAACGGAAACGUCAAUGCGUGGUUGGGGGCUCUAAUAAUAAUAAUUUUGAUGACGAAAAUGGAUCUUAUGUUUUGGUUUUACACGAUCAUAUUGCUUAUAGAUAUGAAAUUUUAAAAAUUAUUGGAAAAGGAAGUUUUGGGCAGGUAAAUUGA